UUGUGUGCAAAAUGCUGUCCUGUAACGGUGUGUGGAUGGAUGUUGAUGGUUUCAUUGAGUCUCUGGAGCGGCGGUGUAGUUUAGGUUUAACUAUACUCUUGUAAACAUUCCCAUCUUAUACAUCUUCGGUGUUUUAGCCGCUGUUCACUGCUCUUCAGUUUUUAACCUACCAGUUAAGCGUGUAAAAUAGAUUGUCCCUAGGCAGGCAUGAACGUAGUCACCCACCCUACUCACAACAAAUGACAUUUUGUGGAUAGCCUGCCCUCUUACGUUUGCACAAUUUUGAGCACUGGAAGAAAUACUGUAUGGAUUUCUGGACAUCAUCUUGUGCUUCCUGAAUUGGUGCCACUCCCCUGGCGACUUCUCAUCGCUAAAUGCGUGAUACUGUAAUGAUGAUUUGUGACUCGACUCCACCCCUUCUCCACCCUGAACUCACAGGUAUGGCAUCAGCAUCAAUCCUCUUCUUUCCGUAUUGUACAUGGGAUCGGUCUGUCACAUCAACAGUGACCGUCAUCAACUAGAUCCAGUGCUUACAUGGGUAGUGACCGAGCAGCCCACCUGCGGCACAGAUGUCAUCCCAGAUAAUAUUUCAGCUGUUCAGCAUCAACUACAGAGGAAGGAAGGAGUACCUGAAAACAGACAUCCCAGUGAACAAUGCCAGUUAGUUGGAUUUUAGAGACUUACAUUUAUGUACUGAGGAGUACUCGGAAUUUGUGGCUAAGACAGGGGCAAAGGGCACUGUGUUUUUCUGCUUAUGUUUCUUAUAUCCAUUCAAAAACUGGCUGUACUCAUGCCUUCCCUGCUUGUUGUCUAAACAAAUCAGCAAGUACAUCAGGUCAAGUGUUUGUAAGGCAAGGUUGUUAUGAGUGGAAUAGAUGCUCAGUCUUGCCAUCUUGGAAAGGAAACUGUAUAAAGCAUAAAUGUAAACUGCAAAAAUUGCGAAAUAACACUUAUUUGCUCCAUACCUCUUCACUGAGGCAUUCAGCAGGACUGAGUCAUCGUAUGUUACAGAUCAGAAGCACUUUAAACACUGUAUCAAAGGCCAUUAAAAGUACAUCUCAUGAACUUGUUGCAAAAAUAGCAAAAUUUAAGUUAAACUUGAAUAUUGCAGGAAAAACAUCACAGGUUACCAGUCAAAUAGUUAAAAAUGUGAAAACAGAAAGACGUGGAACCCUAGGCAGUAGAUUUGCAGAUGUUUCAGAAAAAGACUUUAUGAAUGAGCCUACUGUCCAUACAAACACUAGUUCAAAGCUAAAUUGGAACAUUGCAGAUAUAAAGUUUAAGAAAGCAUAUUUGGGAAAAUGUACAGAUGAGAAAGAAUGCAAAGAUGAUUUAUUCCAUGCUAGUUACUUGACCACAAAUUUUGGAGAAACAUACCGCUUUUUGUCAAACCACAUCAACUUUUAUUUCAAGGACCAUACAAUCAUGGAUAAAGCAAAGGCAGAAAAGCCUGCUGAUAGCAGAACUAGUGCUAUGGCUGCAUUUCCUGAACCUGGGAGUGGCUGCAAAGGUAAUAAAGAACAACAUACAUUAACCAGUUCUGUGAUAUCUACUGCCAGUAUUGAUUCAGCAACACAAACUGCUGACAUCCCAGCUCCCACUAAGAAAAGUAUAGCAGAUUUCCUUUUACAUCCAACAGACAAAGUACAUGCACUUAUGGACAACUAUUUAGGAGGCUUGGUCCCUAAACUCAAAUAUGAAGCAAAGGACACUGCAGAGCAGAAGAGCAAAGUUCAAGAAGGUGAAAUAACUGAAAAGAAGGAAGAACAGGUUAAUGAGAAAGAGGCCAUGUCUGCAGAUGACAAAGCCAAACGUCUGUCCCUACAGAGAGAAAAAAUCAUUGCACGUGUAAGUGUGGACAACAGAACAAGAGCAUUAGUUCAGUCACUUCGACGUAGCACUGAUAUCAGAAUAUGUAUCAAUAAAAUAGAAGAACUUAGUUAUCAUCUUUUGGAAUUCCCAGAAACCAGAGGAAUUGCCAUUAAGGAAAAGAUACUGCCUUGCAUACUGAGACUGAGAGAAGCAAAAGAUGAAACUCUUCAGGCUGCUGUGAGUGAAAUGUUGGCUAUUAUUGGCUAUGCGAACCCUGUAAAGGGCCGAGGUAUUCGUGUGCUGACAAUUGAUGGGGGUGGAACAAGAGGAAUAGUUGCACUGCAGACACUGCGCCGUUUGGAGGAGUUGACCGGAAAAUCAGUUUAUAAGCUGUUUGAUUACAUUUGUGGAGUUAGCACAGGUGCCGUAUUAGCUUUUAUGCUGGGACUCUUCCAUUUACCACUUGAUGAGUGUGAAGAGUUGUAUCGCAAACUGGGCUCUGAUGUUUUUAAACAGAAUGUUAUUUUAGGAACUGUAAAAAUGGGUUGGAGCCACGCAUUUUAUGACACUGAAAUCUGGGAAAAGAUUCUCAGAGAAAGGAUGGGGUCAAAUCUUAUGAUAGAAACUGCACGGAAUCCUAAUUAUCCCAAGAUUGCAGCAGUGAGCACCAUAGUGAACAGAGGGACACCACUGAAGGCAUUUAUUUUCAGGAACUAUAACCAUUUUCCUGGUGUAAAAUCCCACUAUCUUGGAAGCAGUCAGUACAAACUGUGGCAGGCUAUUCGAGCAUCCUCUGCUGCACCAGGGUACUUUCAGGAAUAUGCCCUUGGGAAUGAUCUUCAUCAGGAUGGAGGGCUGUUGAUUAACAAUCCUUGUGCUUUGGCAUUGCAUGAGUGCAAAUGUUUGUGGCCAAAUACACCUCUGCAAUGUGUAAUAUCACUGGGAACUGGGCGCUUUGAGAGUUUGGGGAAGAGCAACGUCACUUACACAAGUCUCAAAACAAAAUUGACCAAUGUGAUCAGCAGCGCAACUGAUACUGAGGAGGUUCAUACCAUGCUUGAUGCUUUGUUGCCUCCUGAUACAUACUUCCGUUUUAACCCUGUCAUGACUGAAGAUGUACCUCUGGAUGAAAACCGGAAAGAAAAGCUUGGUCAGUUGCUGAUGGAAGGGAAACGCUACUUGGACAGAAAUGAAAUCAAGCUUAAGAAAGCUGCAAAAAUUCUGACCAAGGAGAAGACAUCCCUACAGAAACUGAACGACUGGAUAAAAUUAAAAGCUGAUAUGUAUGAUGGCCUUCCAUUUUUUUCUAAAUUGUGACUUUGACAGGCAUUCAGAGUAGAUUUUCUAAAAUGUCUUUGUAUUUUUGCCCAAGAAGAUUUGGUAUGUGGUUAUUUUUAUGGAAAUCAUUAUUAGAUAACUUGGAAAACCAUAAGUAUUUUUAAAAAUUCUAAUUUGCAGCAUACAAUAACUUAUGUAAUUUGGGUAUAAUAUUCAACAUCAUCCAUUCAGUAUAGACUCCAUUAUAUACUUCCUGUGUAUUUUUUUUCUAAAAGAAAAACAGUCACAGUUGUAACUAAAGAUGGGUUUCAUAUCCCAGUCUCUAAUGCAGAAGCGAAUGUAGCUCUGUGUCUCAGGACGUGUCACUGAAAGGAAUGCCCAGAGGUACAGCUUUAUAAACCUGUUUACUCUGCAGUGUAACCUACUCAGCUGCCCAGAAUUACCAGAUAAAUAACACUUUGUCCAUGUAGAACGAAAAUGUGAAUUGUUACACUCUGCUGUUGGCUUCUUUUACUGCAGAACUGUCUGUUUUAAAUUAGGAGAAUUCAUGUCUGAAUGCAUAUUAAGUCUGUUAUGUCAUCCUUUGGCUUUCUAAUUUUUCUGAAUUAACUGUAAUAUUUGGUUGCCCUUUUGAAAGUUUGGGACUUAAUUCUUCUUAUAUUUGAGACUCAAUAUUUUAAGUACACUUCAGUGAAAAUAACAUUGUAGUAUAAAAUUCACUGUUACAUAUUAAAAACAUUUUGUGCAGGAGGUGUACCCCGAUACCUCUGUUAACUUACAUAUACUAACUGUGAGGUAAAAUUCCUUCUGCUCACACUUAUUCAGAAUUCCAAGAAAAGCUCUUAUUUCCUCAGACUUGCAGUGCAAACCUGAACAUUUGUAGUGCCGCACUUUUUUUCUGUCUGCGUAAGGAAUAUUGCACUAUAAAUUCAUCUGUCAUACUCAUGACUUGCACACCGCUGAUUUCAUGAAGAGGUGUUUGAAUGGUAUGUGCUUGCCUGUUGUACACCAUUGUUUUAUACACUAUUCCUAGAUUUCAGCUAUGUCAGAAAAUCAGUGCUGUUGGCUUUAACCUUUUACUUGUGUAUACUUUAUUUAAAUGUAAAAAAUUGAUUUGAUUAUUUUAGUUUUGUUUUGUUUUAGAUGGCACUUAAAACACUUGUUUUUGUUUUGUGGUUAGCAGUAAAAUUUCAGGCUUGCAGUAAUAUUCCAGUCUGCUUGUAGUAGGCUGGUAAUAAUUCUUAAGAUUUUGAAAAUAUUUGUCAUUUUUCAAGUUUAUUACCCCUAUUGUUUUGUCAGGUACAUAUUCUGAAAUAUCUGCAGGUUUAAAAUACAGUAUGUGUUGACAGGCAGAUGUGUUAAAACGCCAUUAACAGUAAUGUUUUCUGAAAUCUUUGUAAAAUAAUAUAAUUUUAUUGAGUAUACAGAAACACUUACUUUGAUGGAUUGUUGUUCACAAACAUUUGCAAUAUUUAUGUAGUAUUUUCAGUAAUUUUCUCUGAGCAGGAAAUGCCGAAUAAAAAUCACAGCAUUUUAAUUAAGCUGUAAGCAGCCCCCCCAGCAUUUUAAUUAAGCUGUAAGCAGCCCCCAUGUGGAAUAUAAGUGGUACUACUAAAAAAAAAAUAAUUCUGACCCUUGGAACCUUUGCGGCAGUCUGUUUCCACUGGGAAUAAUAAAUGUGCAAGACAAAACACUAAUGUAAAUGUCACUUUACACACUCAGCAGCUUAUUAUCCCAGCAUAAAGAUAUUUUGUAAGUCCAACUGCUUCAUAUUGUUAGGUCCUAGGUAAGACCGUAGAUUUUCAUGACAUGAUUGUGUUGGCUGAAGUUUUUUCUUGUCUCCAUUGAAAGUGAGAGUGUCAGUGUGGUGUUUGUUCUAAUUAAUAAAACAGUAAUUGUGGAAUAUUAAAAUCAUCUAAAUACAGCAGUGUGACUGAAAAAAACACCCAUGUUCUAAAAUGAAACAUUGGACUAUUUGUUGUUUAAGAUUCUUUGCACAUUAGCCAGCCAGAGUAUGAAACUGAUCAAUAUUUAUUAAUGUAUAUGUAACAUGUGGUAAUUGCUCUUGUAAGAAUUGUAUUCCAGUAAACCAGCACUUAUACGAACAACUGUAUGCAGUUUUACACUUGUAUUAUAAAAGUGGUGUAGAAUAUUCAGCACUUAAGUGUUAAAGUUGAAUAAAUGGAUAAGUACCGUGUAA